AUGCUUCACCGCAAUCCACUGAGGGCCCUGGCGGAUAUGUUUUGGCACAAGCACAAUGCGCCUGGGUUCAGAAUGGGACCGAGGAGAGACAAGGACACCGAGGGUGGGCAUCGGGCAUAUUCCACUGCAGAAACUGGCACAUGGUGGCAAGAAGCACAGGUGAGUGCUAUUGAUAGCUAUUUGCAGUUGCAAGAGAUGGUGAGUGAUGAGAGGGGAGGUGUAGAGAUUGUGAGUGAUGGGACGGGAGGUGCAGAGAUUGUGAGUGAUGGGACGGGAGGUGCAGAGAUUGUGAGUGAUGGGACGGGAGGUGCAGAGAUUGUGAGUGAUGGGACGGGAGGUGCAGAGAUUGUGAGUGAUGGGACGGGAGGUGCAGAGAUUGUGAGUGAUGGGACGGGAGGUGCAGAGAUUGUGAGUGAUGGGACGGGAGGUGCAGAGAUUGUGAGUGAUGGGACGGGAGGUGCAGAGAUUGUGAGUGAUGGGACGGGAGGUGCAGAGAUUGUGAGUGCUGGGACGGGAGGUGCAGAGAUUGUGAGUGAUGGGACGGGAGGUGCAGAGAUUGUGAGUGAUGGGACGGGAGGUGCAGAGAUUGUGAGUGAUGGGACGGGAGGUGCAGAGAUUGUGAGUGAUGGGACGGGAGGUGCAGAGAUUGUGAGUGAUGGGACGGGAGGUGCAGAGAUUGUGAGUGCUGGGACGGGAGGUGCAGAGAUUGUGAGUGAUGGGACGGGAGGUGCAGAGAUUGUGAGUGAUGGGACGGGAGGUGCAGAGAUUGUGAGUGAUGGGACGGGAGGUGCAGAGAUUGUGAGUGAUGGGACGGGAGGUGCAGAGAUUGUGAGUGAUGGGACGGGAGGUGCAGAGAUUGUGAGUGCUGGGACGGGAGGUGCAGAGAUUGUGAGUGAUGGGACGGGAGGUGCAGAGAUUGUGAGUGAUGGGACGGGAGGUGCAGAGAUUGUGAGUGCUGGGACGGGAGGUGCAGAGAUUGUGAGUGAUGGGACGGGAGGUGCAGAGAUUGUGAGUGCUGGGACGGGAGGUGCAGAGAUUGUGAGUGAUGGGACGGGAGGUGCAGAGAUUGUGAGUGCUGGGACGGGAGGUGCAGAGAUUGUGAGUGCUGGGACGGGAGGUGCAGAGAUUGUGAGUGCUGGGACGGGAGGUGCAGAGAUUGUGAGUGCUGGGACGGGAGGUGCAGAGAUUGUGAGUGCUGGGACGGGAGCUAGGAUGGGAGGUGCUGGGAUGGGGAUGGUGAGUGAUAGUAUGGUGAGUGAUGGGAUGGUGAGUGCUGGGAUGGUGAGUGCUGGGACGGUGAGUGCUCGGAUGCUGAGUGAUAGUAUGGUAAGUGAUGGGAUGGUUAGGGCUAGUAUGCUGAGUGCAAGGAUGGUGAGGGAUGGGAUGGUUAGUGCUGGGAUGGUGAGUGCCCGGAUGGUGAGUGCUGGGAUGGUGAGUGCUGGGAUGGUUAGUGCUGGGAUGGUGAGUGCUGGGGUGGUUAGUGCUGGGAUGGUGAGUGCUGGGAUGGUGAGUGCUGGGAUGGUGAGUGCUGGGAUGGUGAGUGCUGGGAUGGUGAGUGCUGGGAGGGUGAGUGCUGGGAUGGUGAGUGAUGGGAUGGUUAGUGCUGGGAUGGUGAGUGCUGGGAUGGUGAGUGCUGGGACGGUGAGUGCUCGGAUGCUGAGUGAUAGUAUGAUGAGUGAUGGGAUGGUUAGGGCUGGGAUGGUGAGUGCUAGGAUGGUGAGGGAUGGGAUGGUUAGUGCUGGGAUGGUGAGUGCUAGGAUGGUGAGGGAUGGGAUGGUUAGUGCUGGGAUGGUGAGUGCCCGGAUGGUGAGUGCUGGGAUGGUGAGUGCUGGGAUGGUGAGUGCUGGGAUGGUUAGUGCUGGGAUGGUGAGUGCUGGGGUGGUUGGUGCUGGGAUGGUGAGUGCUGGGAUGGUGAGUGCUGGGAUGGUGAGUGAUGGGAUGGUUAGUGCUGGGAUGGUGAGUGCUGGGAUGGUGAGUGCUGGGAUGGUGAGUGCUGGGAUGGUUAGUGCUGGGAUGGUGAGUGAUGGGAUAGUGAGUGCUGGGAUGGUGAGUGCGGGUAUGGUGAGUGAUGGGAUGGUUAGUGCUGGGAUGGUGAGUGCUGGGAUGGUGAGUGCUGGGAGGGUGAGUGCUGGGAUGGUGAGUGAUGGGAUGGUUAGUGCUGGGAUGGUGAGUGCUGGGAUGGUGAGUGCUGGGAUGGUGAGUGCUGGGACGGUGAGUGCUCGGAUGCUGAGUGCUAGGAUGGUGAGUGAUGGGAUGGUUAGGGCUGGGAUGGUGAGUGCUAGGAUGGUGAGGGAUGGGAUGGUUAGUGCUGGGAUGGUGAGUGCCCGGAUGGUGAGUGCUGGGAUGGUGAGUGCUGGGAUGGUUAGUGCUGGGAUGGUGAGUGCUGGGGUGGUUAGUGCUGGGAUGGUGAGUGCUGGGAUGGUGAGUGCUGGGAUGGUGAGUGAUGGGAUGGUUAGUGCUGGGAUGGUGAGUGCUGGGAUGGUGAGUGCUGGGAGGGUGAGUGCUGGGAUGGUGAGUGCUGUGAUGGUGAGUGAUGGGAUGGUGAGUGCCCGGAUGGUGAGUGCUGGGAUGGUGAGUGAUGGGAUGGUGAGUGCCCGGAUGGGGAGGGAGGGAGGUGCUGUGGUGGGGAGACGUAGGGCUGGGAAGUGCUGGGAUUAG